CAUCAGUUCUGUGAAGUGAAAGUGAGAGCACUUGGGGGUAUUUUCGUCCAGACGAAGCGAGAGACUAGGAUGGUUAUACGUUUAAAUGGACUCGCUGGUUUGUUUAGAAAGCAAUUGUAAGGACACGCAUUUAUAAUCGAGAGUUUUUAUGUUUUAUGGACAGUAUGAAAGAAGCGCGCGGAAGCAGUUACGAACGCGGACGAUCAACCACAGGACAGAAUGGAGCAAGCUGGUAUCAAAACUAUCCUAUAUUUAAACGACAGUGACUUUGCUGCGUAUUUGCACUUGUUUUUGGAUAUUGUAUGUAGAAUAUUAUUUUUUCCCUGAAACUAGCAAUAAUUAAGAUACAGGUACAGAAGAGCGGUACCUCAUGGAUGUUAUCCAAGUUUCGGACAAUUCCAGUCAGGCGUCGUUGCAAUAACUAUAAGCACAAAAGGAUAGUUGUGUUGUUUUUUUACCCGUCGAAAAAACUGUAACGUUAUAUGCAAGAAUGGAUGCUGGCAGCGAGGUGUCAACUAUUGUUUCACCCGGUUCCGAUGGAAAUGCCCCCAAACAUUUGUGGAGGCAACAGAACCCGGUUCCUCUUCAGCUGCAGAACACUUUCGGAUCGCGCAAAAACCACCGAGUGAGACAGAGGGGCUUUUCGGACACAGAGAAGUACCUCAAACCCCGGACCAUGGACCGGACAUAUGCCGUUGACACCGGUAACCGUCCCGGUCUGAAGAAAUCUAGAAUGUCCUGGCCAUCGUCCUUUCAAGGACUUAAACGCUUUGAUGUGGACAAUGGUACCUCAUCGGGACGCAGUCCGCUGGAUCCCAUGGCCAGCCCGGGGUCAGGCCUCAUCCUGCAGGCCAACUUUGUGCACAGCCAGAGGAGAGAGUCUUUCCUGUAUCGCUCCGACAGCGACUACGACCUCUCGCCGAAAUCCAUGUCCAGAAACUCCUCCAUCGCUAGUGACAUACACGGUGAUGAUAUGAUUGUAACACCUUUUGCACAGGUUCUGGCGAGUUUAAGAACGGUCCGGAAUAACUUUGCUGCUUUAACAAAUGUCCAGCAAGAACGAACCAAUAACAAGAGAUCCCCAAUGUGUAAUCCACCUCCCAUCACAAAGACUUCCUACACAGAGGAGGCCUUCCAGAAGCUGGCCACAGAAACCCUGGAGGAGCUGGACUGGUGCCUCGACCAGCUUGAGACCCUUCAGACCAGACAUUCUGUCAGUGAGAUGGCAUCCAACAAGUUCAAAAGGAUGUUGAACAGAGAAUUGACUCACCUCUCAGAGAUGAGCCGGUCUGGUAACCAGGUGUCUGAGUUCAUCUCUAGUACAUUCUUAGACAAGCAGCACGAGGUGGAGAUGCCAUCACCCCAGUCCCAAAAAGACAAGGAGAAGAAGAAAAGGCCGAUGUCGCAGAUUAGCGGCGUUAAAAAGCUAACGCACAGUUCCAGCCUCACCAACUCGAACAUUCCCCGAUUCGGGGUCAAAACGGAAACGGAGGACGAGCUGGCCAAGGAGCUUGAAGAUGUAAAUAAAUGGGGCCUUAAUGUUUUCAAAAUCUCGGAAUUCUCUGGGAACAGACCUUUAACAGUUAUGAUGCACACGAUAUUCCAGGAGAGAGACUUGCUAAAGACAUUUAAAAUUCCCCUUGAUACCUUUAUCACCUAUCUGAUGACUUUAGAGGACCAUUACCACAUUGACGUUGCCUAUCACAACAACAUCCACGCUGCUGAUGUCACGCAGUCCACUCACGUUCUGCUAUCAACCCCUGCCCUUGAGGCUGUGUUUACAGAUCUGGAGAUUCUCGCUGCCAUAUUUGCCAGUGCGAUCCACGACGUUGAUCACCCUGGUGUCUCCAACCAGUUUCUCAUUAACACUAACUCUGAGCUGGCUCUCAUGUAUAAUGACUCGUCUGUGUUGGAGAAUCAUCACCUGGCUGUAGGUUUCAAACUGCUGCAGGAAGAGAACUGUGACAUCUUCCAAAACCUCACCAAGAAACAGAGACAGUCUCUCCGCAAGAUGGUCAUAGACAUUGUUCUGGCCACAGAUAUGUCUAAACACAUGAAUUUGUUGGCGGAUUUGAAAACCAUGGUGGAGACCAAAAAGGUGACCAGUUCAGGGGUACUAUUACUGGACAACUACUCAGACCGGAUACAGGUCUUGCAGAACAUGGUGCACUGUGCAGACCUCAGCAACCCCACCAAGCCCCUUCAGGUGUACAGACAGUGGACGGACCGAAUCAUGGAGGAGUUCUUUAGUCAAGGGGACAGAGAGAGGGAGCGUGGUAUGGAGAUCAGCCCCAUGUGUGACAAGCACAAUGCAUCGGUCGAGAAGUCCCAGGUGGGCUUUAUUGAUUACAUUGUGCACCCGUUGUGGGAAACAUGGGCAGACCUGGUACACCCAGACGCCCAAGAUAUCCUGGACACGCUGGAAGAUAACAGGGAGUGGUACCAGAGCACCAUUCCCCAAAGCCCCUCUCCCGCGCUGGACACCAACAGCGACGGCCGACGUGCCACCGGCCAGGAAAAGUUCCAGUUUGAAUUGACUCUAGAGGAGGACGGAGAAUCAGACACGGAGAAGGACAGCGGAUCCCCUCCUGAUGAUGAGGAGGAGGAGGAUGAAGAAGAGGAGGAGGAGGAAAACAGCUGUAGUGACUCCAAAACCCUUUGCACACAGGACUCUGAAUGUACAGAGAUCCCACUGGAUGAGCAGGUGGGAGAUGGACAGGAAGAGGAGGAGGAGGAGGAGGAAGAGGAGGAACAGGACGAGGAAAGGGAAAUAUCAGAACCUUGUGUUUUAGAGGAGGAAGAAGAGGAGGAUGAUGAGGAAGAGGACACUGCCAACACAUAACACAGUAUGACACAGCACCUGAACUUUUUUAUAUUAGAGAUGAGAAACAUGUAUGGUUAAGACAUUAGGUUUUUCCAUUGUCUAUUUUGCAUACGUCGUUGUUUUGAAGUGCUUUUUAAUGUUCGCCUUUUGAACCUGGUUUUAUUUUACAGUGCUCACUCCUUUAUUAUUUCUUUUGAAGUUUUAACAAUUUUUGCACUCAGGAAUAUCUUUUCCACUUCCACCUUUCACUCAUACUAACAAGAUAAAUGAAAGGUUGAAAAAGCUUGUUUGUAAGGUACUGUUUUUUUUUUUUACUGAAUCAGUAUUUCAGUUGUGUGCUUUUUACUGAUUUUUCGCCAACAAGACACUACUUCAAUCUGUCUGAACGAAGGAGAUCAUUCAAAGCAUUUCAGCAGACAAACAUUUUGGUAGAGAUUACUACAUGCUUUGAACCUCACGUCUUCCUUGAUGCCUUGAAUGUGUUAUUUACCUGGAUUUUGUUGUCUGUUUUUAGCGCAUUAUUUACAACGGACAUUUUACCAAAGUGAAAAGUAAAAACUCAUGUCAAAAACGAAUUUAAUUUGAUCAUGUUUGCAGUAAUUUAGAGAUUAUGGAUCUUUAAUCUUGCUUUUUUUAUCCAUUCCAAAAACCAUCUACUGUAGAUUUCAUAUAGUUCAUUUAAACAUGGUUAUAUGUGUUUAAAGACACAUUUUAACCUUAAAGGUGCGUUGUGUACAUUUUAGGAGGAUAUAUUGACAGAAAUGCAAUAUAAAAUACAUAACUACACUGCAAAAAAUGACUUUCUUACUUAGUAUUUUGGUCUUGUUUUCAGUAGAAAUAUCAAAUUUUUUUAAAAUCAAGAUGUAUUUUUUUGAUGAGCAAAAUGACCUAAGAAUUUAAAGCAACACCAAAGAGUUUUUUUUACCUUAAAAUAACGUUUUCAAAAAAGUUUCAGUGGUUCAUCCACUCAAAACAGGGUGAAUGGCACUUUCACAUUCGCUUUGCAGCCCUCUAUCGGCCAAAACCGCACUAAAGAAGUUUCCAACCAUCGGGUAGUGGUCCUGUAGUUCGAGUGAAAACUACAAAAACUUGCUUUACGGCAGACCUACAAUCCAAUCAGAGCCAGCUAUGCUGCAGUAUUUACGACAGUGGUAAUGAACAAUUACGCUUCUAACCUGUAGGGGGAGCAAAGAGCAAAAAGUCUUUAGUGUUGCUUUAAGUUAAUUUGUGCUUAAAACAAGCAAAAUUAUCUUAUUAAAUUUUUCUUGAAUUAAGUGUUUAAGAAAAAAGAAAACUUAUUUUAAGAGUUUUUUCUCACCCCACUGGCAGAUAUUUCUGCUUGUUUUAAGCACAAAUUCACUUAAAUUGUAUAUUUUUGGUCUAAAAACUAGACUUAUUUUCUUAGGUCUUUUUGCUCAUCAUAAUUUAAGAACUUUUAGAUAUUUUUAUUGAAAACAAGACAAAAAUACUAAGAUUUUUUUUUUCUUGAAAAUCAUUUUUGCAGUAUAAGUAAGAAAGUAAUUUUUUCAGUCUAUAUUUUCAGUGGUGUAUAUAGACCUUUCGUCACUAUGUUGUCUCAGACAAUGACUUAUUUGUCCAGUGUAAGCGACCGCAGCUUCUCUACACUGCAAAAAAUGAUUUUUUCAAGAAAAAACGUUCUUAGUAUUUUUGUCUUGUUUUUAGUAAAAAUAUCGAAAAAUUCUUAAAUUAAGAUGCUUUUUCUUGAUGAGCAAAACGACCCAAGAAAAAAGUCUAGUUUUUAGACCAAAAAUAUCAAAUUUAAGUGAUUUUGUGCAUAAAACAAGCAAAAAAUCUUAAACAUUUUUCUUAAACACUAAAUUCAAGAAAAAUUCAAGAAAAAUUAGCUUACCCCAUUGGCAGAUUUUUUUGCUUGUUUUAUGCACAAAAUCACUUAAAUUUGAUAUUUUUUGGUCUAAAAACUAGACCAUCUUAGUUUAAGAAUUUUUAGAUAUUUUUACUGAAAACAAGACAAAAAUACAAAGAAAAUUGUUUCUUGAAAAUCAUUUUUUGCAGUGUGUGUUUUAAAAAAGGAAGGGGUUGAGCGCUGGACUGAGCUGUUUGUGUUGCAAUUCUCAAUCUCACCACUAGCUGCCGCUAAAAUCUACACACUGCUCCUUUAAAACAUAUUUUUCCGUCAAGAACAACAAAUGAUGAGUCUGAUUCAGCCUUAAAUGUUUGUUGACUACCAAAAAUGUGCAAAUACACUCCUGCAGUGGGUUAAAAUGAAUCUUGGGUGUUACAUAAUAAUAUUAUAAAACAAAUUAUAAUUCUGUUGGUAAUAUUUGAAGUAUUAUUAUUAUUCUGUUUUUAUUUAUAUUCUGGCUGUUUCUUUAGGCUUCCUUACUCUUAUUGUUCACAUCUAUGUUCGAUUCCAUAUGUCUGCAGCCUCAACUGACAUAAACGCUGGAGGUUUUUCUGUUUUCACGAUCACACAACAAAGCCUCACUGUGAGUGUGGACUGUAUUUAUAUAUUUAUUUGUAUGUUUUUUUUUACUUUGCCAAACAUUUCCAUUCAUAAUGACUUGAUUGCUGCUGUACUUAUGUUUGCCAAGUGUCCUACUGUACAAGUAUCCUCAUUUUCUAUCAUUUUCCUGCUAGCAUUAUUUAUUAAUGCUCUUUGAUGUGCUUGUAGCAUAUUAAAGCGUUUGAAUCAAACCGUAGCAUCAGCAAUGCAGGCUUAUGAGUCCGGUCUCCUGAAUAUGUGACCCUGCCUGUGAAAACCAAGCUAAAGAUUGACUUUUUUAACAUGAAACAUAAUGUGAAAUUAUAUCCUUGAUAUCUUUAAUAUUGAAAGAGUGAGGUCAUAAGAUCAUCUUUAACCUGGAUUUCACAGACAGGAUCACAUAUAUAUAUUAUUUUAUUUAUACAUAUGCAGUAAAUAUGAAUCAAAUGUAUAAAAGUCUGUAUGAUAUCGAAGCCUUUUAAAACUGCGCCCAUACUUUAUUUAAUCGCUUUAUUGGUUUUGUUUAGGUUUUUUAAAAUUGUCUCAUCACUACGUUGUUUCUCAUUUCUGUCUGUUUACAUACACACACAUAUUUAUUGUGCUGUACAGUACAUAUUGUUGCUCUUACCAUGUUGUUGUAAAUGAUUAUAUCAUCCCUUUUGGUGAUGGUGUUGUAUUAUGAAACUCUUGCUGAGAGAAUGUUUGUUAUUCUUAGUAUAUAAUAAUAAUCCCAUUGUUAUGUGUCUCUAGAGAGAUUGCGUAGAGAAGGGGGAAAGCCAAACUAUAUAGUCAUUAUUUUUUUUAUUUCUUUUUUAAAGAAAGUGGUUCAGUGGCCUGAGGGUUGUGCCUUACAGAUAGAUCUUUAGUUUUUAACCUCUUGCUGCACUAAAGUAACUGCUGGUUGAAAAUAUUGACCUACAGUUGAUGUUUGUCGUGUUCCUCCUGUAUAUGUGGGAUAAAACGAAACGAAACCUGUUUUAUAGACAAAAGUGUCAGACCUCAUCAGACAGGGUAAAGCGGGCCGCGGCGCGGUGGGUUUAAGGCCAGCUGUAAACACCUCCAUCAUAUUUCCGUCCAUGCUGCGUUUAUUUGACUGAAACAUAACAGGCAUUCUGGAUUAUCUCGAACAUUUGUGUGUUCACGCAAUAUGAACGAAUGAAAAACAUUUGUGUUUUGGGGAAUAACGGCACUAUGAUGUCUAGGUUUUAAGAGGGAACAUCUUCACCAAAACCCAAAUCUUCAAGUUUGGACUCAUUUUGACACGUAUACUGUAGAUUCUCGCCCGAAAUGGAUGAAAUCAGUGUGUCCUUUUUUGUUAUCUUUUUCAAUCACAAGAGAAAUACACAAACAGAUUUGAAAAAAGAUAUUUAGCGAUAACUAUUUUUCUGUUGUGCGACUUGAAUGACUAAUUGUCUGGAGGUUUCACAAGACGGUGUAGUUGUUUAUCGGGCUCAUUGUUUAUUGCAGUCUAUUGGAUAGAACUGUAGAAAUAAAAUUUACGUACGAAAACUGGUAAAAUCCAAUAAAAAUGUUUUUAUAUGCACCAAAAUAAAAGCAUGGGUUGACUCUA